AAUUGAAUAUGUUGUAUCUUUGUAGGUGGAUAAGUUACUCAAAAAGCGAUUUAUUAUUGAUUUGUUGUUUAUAAUAACACAAGUUUUCCGUUGACUACUUUUUGCUGUGUUCAUUCUCAUAUUGAACUUUUUUUGAUAAGUGAAAAAUUGGCCUGUCCCUAUCAUUUUGUCAACCCCUGGUAGGUAAUAAUAAUGUCGAAUAUAUGCAAAAACAUUGGGUAGUACACUGUGAUAAAUGUACCUGUUUAUGCCACAAGAAUAAAUUUUGUUGGGCCAACUACAUAUCGACACACAUUAUACGGUAGAAACAUUUCUUCUAAACUACCUAUACGGUGCACAGUAUAUACCAAUAUAGGUGCCAUAAAACUAUAGUACCCACGCUCUUGUUCACAUAGGUACACAUUAGAAUAGAAGUGUGUAUCAUAUUUAAGCACAAAGAAAUGACCGAUACAGCAUCAGUUGUUUACUUGUCGUCGCCGAACAGUAGUGCAUUAAAUCAAUCAUACAAUGGAUAGCUUCUCGGAUCAUCAGUCAAACUACUCAAAUCAAAGCAGCUCUGAGUCAUCACAGGAACUGCAUAGCUCUGGAAACUGGAAUACACCCAAUAAGAGCUUAUCGGUGGAGUUCCAAAAACAAUCGACACCAUUCAUGGUUAGCGUAUUGGACGACAUGUGCCACGAACCGGAUUUCAUAGAACCUCUAUCUGAAAUUUUGUCCAAUCCAUUCACGGUUUGCAAAAUUCUACGAGAAGAGCCUAGUGGUCAAAUUAAGCUCACAAUAUACUUCCAAUGGUUGGAAAAAUCUAGGAAAAACUUCGUAUGGACCGUCGUGGACAAUAUAAAUCACUUCGUAGACAACUGCAGUGGCUUGCCGGAUGAACACCUGCUCGGAUUCAGCUCUCUACUAAAUUUCGGAUCAUUUCUCAUGGAAUCAGCGUGGUACGCCGAGGCAGUGAUAUUACUAAACAUCGCCAAGGCCCAAUCACAAGGACAACCGAUGAUGAUGCUGCAGGUGUCGAAGUUUAUGGCUCUAGCCUUAGCGCUAUCCAACCGGCAUGAGGCGGCCUUUAUCACCAUGUCAGAGGUUCAUACUCUUUUGGGAUUGAUCGAAGGGAUUCCAAAGUGUUUGAAGGUAGAGACACACUGCUCUCUAGCGGUAAGUUACUUUGAAACGUGUGAAUUCAACGCAAGCUACCAAGAAGGACUACUGGCACUACAGCUGCUGGAAGAUGGAAUUUGUUCUAUCGAAACGAUCAUCGGAGUUUUCCGUCAACUAAGCAAAAGCUGUCUGGCUAAGAGAAAACCAUUCCAGGCUAAGCUACUCAUCACGCAAGCAGUAAGUUGGGCGUGGCAUAACUUCGGAAUAUUGAGCCGCAUAUUCGCAGAUACGCUAGAGGAUUAUGCAUGUUAUUUGUUGAUGUUGAACGCCUACGAGGAUGCAGUGAAGGUAACCACAGAUGCAAGGAACAUCUUCUCCUUCUUAUAUGGUAGUUUGGCAUUGGAACCCGAGUUGGCACAAGGGAAUCUACCGUUCAGGCUGUACUUGAUAACCGACGAAAGCUGGAGAUAACCGGAUCUGACGAUCGUCUUCUGGUGGCUGGUGCAAGGAUGCGGCCAUUGAACGCGGUGCGAGAUCUAUGCCAAGGUCUAUGUAAUGCUGGUGUUGAGAACGUACAACCGCUACUCACACUUAAUGAUAUAAGAACUACGUUUUUCAAAAAUUUCUCUUAAUAUGUAGUUGUAAAUAAAAUGCACGAUUUGUUUAAAUUUUGUAAAUAAAA